AUGAACUCAACACAAUUCACAUCAUUCAUACUAGCUGGUUAUAGUGAUAUUGGACAGUUGAAAUAUUUAUAUGUCCUUAUAAUGACGGUUUUAUGCAUCUCCAUAUGGUUUUCAAACAUAUUGCUUAUUGUGGUUAUAUGUAUUGAGAGAAAUCUUCACAAACCCAUGUAUCUGAUUUUGUGUAGUUUGUUUGUAAAUGACUUGUAUGGGAGCACUGCUUUGUAUCCUGCCAUAAUGAUACAUUUGGUUUCAGAUGUUCAUUCAAUUUCCACUGGGCACUGUUAUUUACAAAUAUUUUGUAUAUAUACAUAUGGUUGUAUUGAAGUGGGUAAUUUAGCAGUCAUGUCCUAUGACAGGUACCUUGCUAUAUGUCAUCCACUACAGUAUACUGUCAUUAUGACCCCCAAGAAAGUGUGUGUUUUAAUUUGUGUGAUAUGGUUUUGUAUGUCUGUUCAUAUGAUUCUAAACGUGUCAUUAACUGCUCGUUUGGAAUUCUGUGGGAAUGUUAUAGACAAAUUGUUUUGUGACAAUUACCUUAUAGUGAAACUAGCCUGUUCAGCCUCGGAUGCAGCAGUAAAUAACAUAUUUGGACUCCUAAGUUAUAAUUUGAUAUUUAUGGUCUGUUUAUUUACAAUUUUCUUUUCUUAUACUGCGAUUCUGACUAUUUGUCUGAAAUCUUCCAUUGCUACCAGAAAGAAAGCUUUGAGCACCUGUACUCCUCAUCUGGCUUCACUUAUCAACUUUUUCUUUGGUUGUUUCUUUACUGUGCUUCAGAGCAGAUUUGACAGUCCUAUGAAACAUUUUCCAUCUGAAGUUAAGGCUAUUUUAUCAGUGUAUUUUGCCAUGAUCCAGCCUCUUUUUAAUCCCAUUUUGUAUGGAAUGAGAAUGUCUAAACUUAGAAAGGCUUGUAAAAAUGUACUAGUUCUAGGUCAAUACCCUGAUAAAUGA